ACCCACCGGUGCCCCGAAACGGCGGCGGCGGCGGCCGUUUGUGGUCGUUGGUCCCCAGGCUUUAGGACCAACCUCGGAAGACCCGAAAGGGGAACUGCAGCCAUGAAUGAAGAAAGUACAGAUGGGACAAACGGAUGUAGUAAAGUUCGAACUGGUACUCAGAACGAAGCAGCACUGCUUGCGCUGAUGGAAAAGACUGGGUACAACAUGGUCCAGGAAAACGGGCAGAGGAAAUUCGGUGGGCCUCCUCCAGGUUGGGAAGGUCCACCUCCACCUAGAGGCUGUGAAGUUUUUGUAGGAAAAAUACCUCGUGACAUGUAUGAAGAUGAAUUAGUUCCUGUAUUUGAGAGAGCUGGGAAGAUCUAUGAAUUUAGACUUAUGAUGGAAUUUAGUGGUGAAAACCGAGGUUACGCUUUUGUGAUGUACACUACGAAAGAAGAAGCCCAGUUAGCCAUUAGAAUACUUAAUAAUUAUGAAAUCCGACCGGGGAAGUUUAUCGGUGUGUGUGUAAGUUUGGAUAAUUGCAGAUUAUUUAUUGGAGCUAUUCCCAAGGAAAAGAAAAAAGAAGAAAUUUUGGAUGAAAUGAAGAAAGUUACAGAAGGAGUUGUAGAUGUCAUUGUCUAUCCAAGUGCAACUGAUAAGACCAAAAAUCGUGGUUUUGCAUUUGUUGAAUAUGAGUCUCACAGAGCGGCUGCAAUGGCUCGAAGAAAACUAAUUCCAGGAACAUUCCAGCUGUGGGGCCACACCAUCCAGGUGGACUGGGCCGACCCAGAGAAAGAGGUUGAUGAGGAAACCAUGCAGAGAGUCAAAGUUCUUUAUGUAAGAAAUUUAAUGAUCUCAACUACAGAAGAAACAAUUAAAGCAGAAUUCAAUAAAUUCAAGCCUGGUGCUGUUGAGCGAGUUAAAAAGCUCAGAGAUUAUGCGUUUGUUCAUUUUUUCAAUCGAGAAGAUGCUGUGGCUGCCAUGUCUGUUAUGAAUGGGAAAUGCAUCGACGGGGCAAGUAUCGAGGUAACCCUGGCAAAGCCAGUGAGUAAGGAGAACACUUGGAGACAGCAUCUGAAUGGUCAGAUUAGCCCCAAUUCCGAAAACCUGAUUGUGUUUGCCAACAAAGAAGAGAGCCACCCCAAAACUCUAGGCAAGCCGCCAGCUCUUCCUGCUCGUCUCAACGGGCAGCACAGCCCGAGCCCCCCGGAAAUGGAAAGGUGCACUUACCCUUUUUUUCCUGGAACAAAGCUGACUCCAAUUAGUAUGUAUUCUUUAAAAUCCAAUCAUUUCAAUUCUGCAGUAAUGCAUUUGGAUUAUUACUGCAACAAAAAUAAUUGGGCACCUCCAGAAUAUUAUUUAUAUUCAACAACAAGUCAAGAUGGGAAAGUACUCUUGGUUUAUAAAAUAGUUAUUCCUACUAUUGCAAAUGGAUCCCAGAGUUACUUCAUGCCGGACAAACUGUGUACUACGUUAGAAGAUGCCAAGGAGCUGGCGGCCCAGUUUACACUACUUCAUUUGGACCACACUUCCCGCCGCAGCUCAAUCAGUAGUCUCUCCCCCGUUAGUGCUACCCUGUCGUCUGGGACUCCCAGCCUGCUUCCCUGUACCGCAAGGCCUUAUUCUUAUCCGAGCUAUCCCUUGUCACCAACAGUCUCACUUGCUAAUGGCAGCCAUGUUGGACAGCGACUGUUCAUCUCCAAUCAGGCCUCGUUCUUCUGAAGAAAAUAUUGUAAACGUACAUAUGAAAAUCUCUGUGUAAAGCGUGCAAACUAAAAUACUGUCUUAUUUUAGAAUUGGGUUUGCCCAUGUGAUUUUACAAAGAUAAUAAUAUUCAACGUGUAAACAUCAGCUAUAAUUCAGAAAACCAGAAUUGUAAUAUUGAAGAUAUGCGAAGUUUAAAGAAUUAUUCAGUGGAUUCUUUUGAUAAAGGCACAGCAAGCUACUGUUCUUUUUAAACUUUUGGAAUUUUCUUCUAAGUGGGCAGUGGAACCCACAGCGGUUUAUGUUAAUUUCUUGCAAGGUAACUUUGCUGGAUAGCACUACACACUUACUGUGGCACUGGAAAGGAAUAGUUACACCGGAUUUGAUUACCAAGGAUCACUCCCCAUGCUGGAGGUUAGAGCAGCUGUGUUCCAGGAAGAUCUAACUAUUAUGUAGAAAGAAUGAAGGAGGCAAAAAGAUUAAGGAGCAGACUCUGUGCAGUACUAAAGAGAACACAGCCUAGCACUGUGGUCCUUGUAAGUAACUGUAAAUGUUUUAGUUAGUAACUAUUUGUUACAGAAAUAAAUUAUAAUUUUGCUGUUAAUGUAUUUAAGGUUUUUAUAGUUGUGCUUCAUUUGUGUUUUUGAUAUUCACUGUAUUUAAUAAGAAAUGUUAACAGUUUUUAAAUGUUAAAAUCAUGUGUUAAUUUUUGUACUUGAAUUCAGAUUCUGACAUUAAAUAUGUGAUGCU